AUGAUUGAGCGCGUUCGACGUGUAGCCGUAAUCGGGGCCGGAGUUUCUGGAGUGACAACGGCAGCUCAUCUAAAGGCCGAAGGGCUCAAUGUCACAGUUUUCGAAAGGGCUCCUGUCGCUGGAGGGGUGUGGGUCUUGGAUUCUCGAACGCCUCAUGAACCAACGUUCCCUUCAAUCAAACCGUCACUUGCGGAUUCCGUCUUUUACACUAGUGUAGAAGAAGAGGAUCCUUAUCUUUUGCAUGCGCCUCCAGGACCUGCCUAUGAGACGUUGACAAACAACGUCGCGACUCAAUUUCUAGAGUUGAGCCUCAAUAACUGGCCAGCGGACACUCCAGCCUUUGUCAGGCACAAUGUUCUGGCUCAUUACAUCCAAGACACGGCAGUAAAGACCGGUGUCCAUGAAGACACAGUGUACGACACUGCAGUGAAAAACGUAUCAAAAGCAGGCGGCACCUGGAGACUUGAAACAGCCACGUGGGAUAAAACCACUGGCAAGGCGACAGAGAAGGUUUGGGAUUUCGAUUUCGUUGUCGUUGCGUCCGGACACUAUCAUGCCCCAAGAGUGCCGGAUAUCCCUGGCCUGGCAGAAUGGAAAAAGGCAUGGCCAUCAAGGAUCCAGCAUUCCAAGAGCUAUCGAAAUCCCCGAGGAUUUGAGAACCAGACUGUCCUUUUGAUUGGUGGAAGCGCCUCUUCGAUAGAUAUCGCCAGAGAAGUUGGGCCGGUAGCCAAGAAGGUUUACCAGUCAACUAGGGGAGGUUUCAUGGACACACCAGAGUCCUGGCUGCCGCCUAAUGGAGUGCGAGUACCUGGAAUUGCCUCGUUUGGGGAGCUUAAGGGCACUACCUCGGAUGGCACUGGAGCAAUUGACGGCAAAGUCACCCUGGUCGACGGUCAGGUACUUGAAGGCAUUGACCGCGUGGUUGUCGCUACCGGUUACCACUUUACCCUGCCCUUCUUCCCGAAAGAGUUUCAUCGUGACGACGUGCCGCGAGAAGAAGCCGAUAACAAGAUCCUGGUGACUGACGGCACCAUGCUGCAUAACCUUCACAAGGACAUCUUCUAUAUCCCAGAUCCAACCCUGGCGUUUACAGGUGUUCCUUUCUAUACCGCGACCUUUUCACUUUUCGAGUUUCAAGCCAUCGCCAUUGCUGCGGUGUUCUCUGGCCAAGCUAGGACGCCAACCAAGGAGGAGAUGUUGGCCCAGUACCAGGAAGGAAUUAAAGAGAAAGGGUAUGGAAAACCGUUCCACACUUUGGUUGGGCAGGAUGUCCAGUACGCCAAAGAGCUCAUGGAAUGGGUGAAUCUGGGUCGUGAUCCGUCCACGAAGAAGACUGAUGGCUACUCGGCAGAAUGGAUAGCAGCUCGUGAAGAGUUUAUGAGGACUUUUUGGGAACGGGGGAGCAAGGAAAACAGUUCGACCGCGGAAGAAGUGUCUUCAAACUAA